ACUUCCGUGGUUGAAGACCGUGGAGAGACGGCGUGAGCUUCUGUAGUGAGGGUUGGCGAAGAUACUGCAGUAACCAUGGACGCAGAUUUCGCGAUUAUGGACGAUGGGGAUGCCGUGGUAUAUGCCGUAGCAUACGACGUAAACGUUGGAGUGAUUGUUAGGAGCGUAGCCGUUCGCGUUCGCAGGUCACGGACGGUUGAGUUCAUCCAGGUCGUUGCAUGUGAGGGGGCAACAAAGCCUGUAUUUGGAGGGUGUAAAUUGGAUACAGAGAUGCUAGCGAUGUAGU